AAAAAAAAUCCACCAGUGAACACAACCGGCGCUUAAGAUGGCGGGUGGCGGCGGUGGCGCUGUCAGAGUCCGGUGGGGUUUAGCCCUCCUGCAGCUUAUCCUGGCCACCGGCGCGGCUCGGCGGCCGUACUUCGGCUCACAGACGCUGCGCUUUGGCGGGGGAGCGGCGGCCAGCGAUCCUCAGGAGCGGGGGUUUUCCACGGUGGUGGCGGCGGCGGGUGGCUUCAGCGAGCGAGGUGCGGGGACGGUGAGCCAGCUCCAGAACCAUCACCGCCGGUGGCGCAGGAGCUUAGACAGAAAGGAGCAGCUGCAGGUCUUUGGACAGGUGAACCUCAAUGAUUCUCACAAUCAAAUGGUGGUCCACUGGGCUGGAGAAAAGAGCAACGUGAUAGUGGCACUUGCUCGGGAUAGUCCAAUCUUACAAGGACCUCACACCAGUUCUGUAUACGUUUCAUAUAAUUAUGGAAAGACCUUCAAGAGAAUCAAUGAGAAGUUCAAGCUAGAAGAUGGAACAAAAAACCAGACAGUUAUUGCUCAGUUUUACCACAGUCCAGCAGAUAACAAACGGUAUAUGUUUGCAGAUACCCAAAAUCACUACUUAUGGAUCACUUUCAACUUUUGCAAUGAUAUUCAAGGCUUCCAAAUUCCAUUCAGCCCUACCGACCUUCUCAUGCACAGUCAGGAUUUCAAUCUUGUGCUGGGGUAUGACAGUUCUCAUCCAAACAAACAGCUUUGGAAAUCAGAUGAUUUUGGGCGAACUUGGAUCUUGAUUCAAGAGCAUGUCAAAUCUUUCUACUGGGGUGUGGAACCAUAUGACUCGGCUAAAAUGGUUUAUGUUGAACGACAUGAGCCAAUGGGUUCCUCAAGUGUCAUUAAAAGCACAGACUACUUUCAGACUGAUGAAAAUCGUGAGAUCCUGUUGGAAGGAAUAGAUGACUUUCAGUUACAAGACAAAUACAUGUUUGCCACAAAGAAGGUGCAUCUUCUAGGGAGCAUUGACCCGACAACAGUACAGUUGUGGGUCUCAUAUAAUCGGAAACCCAUGAGACGAGCGCAUUUCCUCACAAGAUAUCGUAUAACGGAGUAUUACGUGGCUGAUGCAUCUGAAGACCAGGUGUUUGUCUGUGUCAAUGUCAACAAUAAUGUGACCAACCUCUAUAUCUCUGAAGCAGAGGGCCUGAAAUUUUCCCUUUCUUUGCAAAAUGUACUGUAUUACAGUCCAGGCGGUGCAGGAAGUACAACUCUGGUGAGAUACUUUGCAAAUGAACCAUUUGCAGAUAUUCAUCGUGUAGAAGGACUGCGGGGAGUCUACAUUGCUACCCAGAUGAAUGGGUCCUACGCCGAGGAGAACAUGAGAUCAGUGAUAACUUUUGAUAAGGGUGGAACUUGGGAACUGUUGCAGGCACCAACCUUUGGCAGUGAUGGUGUUAAAAUCAACUGUGAGUUAAACCAAGGCUGCUCUCUCCACCUGGCACAGCGUUACAGCCAGUUGCUGAACUUCCAGCUCCGCAGAAUGCCCAUCCUUUCCAAAGAGUCGGCACCAGGCCUCAUAAUUGCUACAGGUUCCAUUGGCAAGAACUUGGCAAGCAAACCAAAUAUAUAUGUUUCAAGUAGUGCUGGGGCUCGGUGGCGUGAGGCUCUUGAAGGUCCACAUUAUUAUUCUUGGGCUGACCAUGGGGGAAUCUUGUUGGCAAUUCCUCAGGGGUUCCCUACAACCCAAAUGAAGUAUAGCACCAAUGAGGGAGAGACAUGGCAGAUUUUUAACUUCACUCAAAGGACUGUUGUUAUAUAUGGAUUACUCACUGAGCCAGGGGAGAAAAGCACAGUCUUCACAAUCUUUGGCUCGUACGCUGAACAGUCCCACAGUUGGCUAAUACUGCAGAUCAACACAACAUUAGCAUUGGGAGUACCUUGUUCUGAGAAUGAUUACAAACUGUGGUCCCCCUCUGAUGAGCAUGGGAAUGAGUGUUUGCUUGGCCGAAAAGUUGUCUACAAACGAAGAACUCCACAUGCAACCUGUUUCAAUGGAGAAGACUUCGACAGGCCAAUUACAGUCAGCAACUGUUCCUGUACAAGAGAGGACUAUGAAUGUGACUUUGGCUUCAAGCUGAGUGGAGACUUGUCAUCGGAGGUCUGCACCCCUGAUCCAGAGUUCACAGGCAAUAUGUAUGCUCCACCUGUGCCCUGCCCUGCUGGCUCCACAUACAAGCGAACAAAGGGUUACCGUAAAAUCUCAGGGGAUACUUGUAGUGGAGGUGAUGUUGAGGCUCGUUUGGAGGGGGAAAUGCUGCCCUGUCCUGUGGGAGAAGAAAAUGAGUUCCUACUUUAUGCUCUAAGGAGCACUAUUCAUCGCUAUGAUCUUUCCAAGGGCACAGAUGAGGUAUUGCCACUUCAGGGUCUACGAGGCACUGUAUCAUUGGAUUUUGAUUUUGAAAAAAACUGCAUAUAUUGGGCAGAUAUUUCACAAGAUGUUAUCCAGCGUUUGUGCUUAAAUGGAAACACAGGCCAGGAUAUAAUAAUAAAGGAUGGCCUACAAAUGGUGGAAGCUUUAGCCUUUGACCCUAUCAGCGAGCUUCUCUACUGGAUAGAUGCUGGAGCAAAGAAACUUGAGGUUUCAAACCCUGAUGGAGACCUUCGCCUAACUCUGCUGAAUUCCACUGUAUUAGACCAUCCAAGGGCUCUCGUACUAAUUCCCAACGAUGGCCUGAUGUUUUGGACAGACUGGGGUGAUGAUGCAGUUGGCAUUUAUAGAAGUGAGAUGGAUGCAUCUAAUGUUGUUCGAAUCAUCACUGAUGGCAUUAAAUGGCCUAAUGGAAUUACAGUGGAUGGCUCCUGGAUCUACUGGACUGAAGCCUAUGUUGACCGAAUUGAACGAGCAGACUUUAAUGGUGGUCAGAGAUCAGUAGUGAUACAGAACCUUCCCCAUCCAUACGCCAUAAGUGUUUUUAAGAAUCAGAUCUACUGGGAUGAUUGGUCUGAAAUGAGCAUCUUUCGGGCAAAUAAGCAUGAUGGCUCAGGUGUGGAGUCCCUGGUCACUGGUUUAACUGGAGUAAUGGACAUGAAGGUGUUCUACAAGGGCAAGACAAGAGGGGGAAAUGCAUGUUUGGAGAAAGCCUGCAGCUUGCUUUGUCUUCCUAAACCUCAUAAUAGGAGAUGUGUCUGCCCUGUGGGAGUGAAAAGCACAGUUUUGCCAUCUGGGGAUAUUCAUUGUGACUGUCCACGUGGCUACUCACCAAAGGAUAACAUCUGUGUGAGGCAAGAGCAUACUUGUCUGCCUAACCAGUACAGGUGCUCCAAUGGCAAAUGUAUCAGCAGCAUUUGGAAGUGUGAUAAUGAUAAUGACUGUGGCGAUUACAGUGAUGAAAGCAAUUGCCCAACAGCUAUUUGUGAUCCUGAUUCUCAGUUCAAAUGUCGAUCAUCGGGGAUGUGUAUUCCACUGUCAUACAAGUGUGAUCGUGAAGAUGAUUGUGGGGAUGAUAGUGAUGAAGAGCAGUGCUCAUUGAACAGCUGUAAGAGUGACGAAUUUACUUGUGCCACUGGCAUGUGUAUUCGCUUAUCUUGGACAUGUGAUGGGGACAAUGACUGCCGAGAUUGGUCAGAUGAACUGAACUGCACUGCUAGUGAACGCACCUGUGACUCUAGCAACUUUUCAUGCCGCAAUGGACACUGUAUCCCACUCAGAUGGAUUUGUGAUGGAGAUGAUGAUUGCCGUGAUGGAUCUGAUGAAGAUGUGACUCACUGUGAUAAGACCACCUGUAAUGGAUUUAGCUGUAGAAAUGGUAGCUGUAUAGCGAUGACUAAACGUUGCAAUGGUGUACCAGACUGUUCUGACAGAUCAGAUGAGCAAAACUGCAAUCCGUUGUGCUCUCAGUAUGUGGAUUUUGUCUGUGAGGACAGACGUCGGUGCCUGCACAGCUUCAUGGUGUGUGAUGGAACCCCACAAUGCGACGAUGGUUCAGAUGAAGAUCCAAAUUAUGCAUCCUGUUCACAGACAGGAGAGUUCAGUAGAACUUGUGAACCCUCCAGUUUCAGAUGCUCGAAUGGGGUAUGCAUCAGCAUGGAAUGGAAAUGUGAUGGCGUAGAUGAUUGUGGAGACUACUCCGAUGAAGCAAAUUGCAGAAAUCCUACUGAAGAACCUUCUUGCUCAAGAUAUUUUCAGUUUAGCUGCCGGAAUGGAAAUUGUGUUCCAACAUGGUGGAAAUGUGAUAGAGAGAAUGACUGUGGAGACUGGUCUGAUGAAGAUGGCUGCCCUGGUUGGAAUCCUGCUCAACAUACUACUGAGGCUCCAUCGAGUUGUGGUCCCAACCAUUUCCGAUGUAAUUCUGGGGGAUGUAUCGUAAACCGUUGGGUGUGUGAUAGUUAUGAAGACUGCCCAGAUGGUUCUGAUGAGGAAGGUUGCCCCACCUUUUCAGUAAACGUAACAACCACAUCCACCACGUCUGCGAAACCUGCUGGAAGGUGUAGCUUCUCGGAGUUCAGUUGUGUUCGAGGCCAUAACUGUAUCCCCAACUGGAAACGGUGUGACAGUCAUCGAGAUUGCCGUGAUGGGUCGGAUGAAAUGAACUGUCCUACCCAUAUUCCAUUACUGUGUUUGAAUGGAACUGUUUGUGAGGAUGGGGAGACCUGCAUAAGCCAACUGGAACGCUGUGAUGGCUUUCUGGACUGUUCCGAUAACAGUGAUGAGAAGAACUGCUCAGCUGACGGUAUGUCAUAUAAAGUUCACCAUUUCCGUUGGGCAUUUGAUUUUAAUGGCGCAGUUUCUCUAAUGUGGGAGAGCCCAAAGAAUUUUCCACCAUCAUGUACCUAUGUUGUACUCUACAGGUUGGUCGGUGGUGUCUGGGAGAAAUUGGAAGCUGGCAACAAAACAGCUUUUAUUAUAACUAUUAUGAAACCUGACACAACGUACCAGGUGAAAGUGCAAGUGCAUUGCCUUCUUAAGAUCUACAACUCAACUGAUUCUAUUAUUCUGCGUACACCAGAGGGCUUACCUGAACCACCACAAAAUCUCCAGCUAUCCGGUGCAAUAUAUGAUGGUACCGUAUCCUGCAGCUGGAGCUCCCCUGUCAAUAAACGUGGCCUGAUUCGGGAGUAUAUUGUGCAAUACACCAAGAAUGGUAGAGAUGAAUGGACUUCACUGAAGUGCACUGGACUCCAAAUGGAUAUUACAAAUCUGGAGAUGAAUGUCUUGUAUAGAGUCAGGGUUGCAGCUGUUACGAGUCGUGGGAUCGGCACCUGGAGCGAGUCGAAAACAAUUAUGACAAAGACAGGACAUGCAAUUCCAAUGCCAACAGUUACAGUUGCAAGUAUAAAAGAAAAUGCUGUUAACUUGAAACUACAGAUGGACACCAAUAUUAAGGUGGUCAGCUAUGUUGUUGAUGUGUCAUGGACAUUUGAUACGCAUAUAAAAGAGAAAAGAACAUUAACUGUUGAUGGAAGAAGGACCACUUUAUCUGUUGCCAAUUUAACUGCUGGUACAAAUUAUGAGAUUUCCACCUGGGCUAAAACUGAUGUUGGUGAUAGCCCGAUAUCUUUUGUACGGACUAAAACUGAAGGAACCAGUCCAGCUCCUCUUAAACUUAAAGCAGUUCCAAUCAAUCAGACCUCUGUGGAUUGUUCUUGGAAUGGCCCAAAAAAUGUGGUUUAUGGAGUUUUCUUUGCUACAUCAUUCUUGGAAUUGUACCAGAAUCCAAGAAAUGCCACAUCACAUUUAAACAACCUAACGGUGACUGUGAACAGUGAUGAGCAGUAUCUGUUCUUGGUUCGUGUUAUAGUCCCAUAUUUCGGACCACCCUCUGAAUAUAUUGCUGUUAAAAUGAUUCCUGAUAACCGGCUGCCACCUCGCCACUUGCACGUGGUGGAAGUGGACAAGACAUUUGCAGUACUGAAGUGGCAACCUCCAUAUGACCUGCUGAAUGAACAUUUAACCUAUGCAGUUCUUGUAAAAGAUUCCAUCCGUAAGAAUGGCAAGAACUACAAUUACAAAGUGAGCUCAAAGAACAACACAGUAGAAUACGUAGUAAAGCAGCUGGAACCAGGUGGAAAGUACAGUGUUGUUAUCAGACUGCUUAACAUGAGCAAAGAAGCAAGUGUCUCUCUAAAUUCAGUUCCUCUGUCGGCACCAGAGUCACUGAAAAUCUUACCAGAGAAAGACCACAUCCUGCUGUUCUGGAAAAGCCUCAAAUUGAAAGAAAAGAGCUUUAAUGACAGCAGGGGUUAUGAGAUCCACAUGUUUGAUCAUGUGACCAAUACGACAGUAUGUCUUGGGAAUACAACGGAAAACAUCUUCGAGAUUUCUGAUCUGAAGCUUGGCCACAAUUAUACGUUCACAGUGCAAGCCAGAUGCUUGUACAAUGGGCAGAUUUGUGGUGAACCUGCUUCCCUGCUGUACGAUGAACUUGGAAAUGAAUUAUCAGCUUCCAAAGAUCCCAAAUCUACCGAUGUAGCAGCCAUCGUGGUACCAGUAAUGUUCCUGCUACUUGUGAUGUUAGGUGUUGGCUUUGUUGUGUUAUAUGUUCGCCAUCGAAGGCUCCAGAACAGCUUUACAGCUUUUGCCAAUAGUCACUAUAAUUCUCGAUUAGGAUCAGCUGUGUUUUCUUCAGGUGAUGAGCUAGGUGAUGAUGAAGAUGCACCAUUGAUUAACGGUUUUUCAGAUGAUGUACCUAUGGUACUUGCAUGAAGACCUUGCUGCAUACAAGUGGUGCAAGAAUUCUUCUUAAGAAGUUUCAGCAGCAGGAAAAACCCUUUUUAAAAAUGCACUUUUCUGAGUUGCAAUACAUUAUUUUUAUAUGGACCAAAAUUUAAACUUUAUUGCAAUGUGCUGUAAUUCCUAGGUAAGACUGCAAGGUAUACAGCACAGUCCUGGUCCCUGACUGUAGGCUUUUGCACAGCUGUGCUUGUGUUCUCCGCCUUCAGGCACUGUUUAAUGUUCAGGUUAUUUGCUUGGUGGAUGUUAGCAGCUGCAGUUUCUCUUUCUGAUGGUCUAUAGACAGCAUUAUCUGUAGAGAGAUUAGGAUUCAAGUUCAAAUCUGAUUUGUCCAAGACAAAAUAUUGAAAAAAAAAUCAUGAAUAAAAACUAUUGGUUAAAUAAAUUGAAAUUGCUCAAAAUAUUUUAAUUUAUACAAUUAUGUCAAUUGAAUUUGCGAAAUGAUCUUAAAACAAUAUUUUUAAAUUUAAAUUAAGUACCAGAGGGAAGAAUUUGAUCCAUUGUGCAGCAAAAAUCCCCUACAGAGGUUGAAUAUUUCAAUUGGGCAGUGCACUUAAUAUUGACACUCCUUGUUUGAAGCUUGUACUCUGUCACUAUUUUAAUAUAUCCAUUUGAUCAAAUAAUAUCUUAAAUUGGGGAGAAUUUUGGCAAAUUGCAAUAUAAUUAACAAGUUAUUUCCAACAAGAUAGCAAAUUUGGCUGCUGUAAAAUAUACUUUAUUUUGCUUUACAAUUUAAAGUUGUAUGGUGUCCAUUGUUAAUUACUGUCAUUUCACUAUGCUUCUUGCAUAUCCUAAUGAAAGUUUGACAAAAACCUCAUAUUGUUUGCUUGAUUGAGGUUGAGAUAGAAUCUUGGGAUGAUGCAUCACAGAAUCAACCAUUGAGCCUGAGCUUGCUCUUUGAAAGAGCUAUCCAGCUAGUCCUAUAGUCCAGUAAUAUUUUCUCCUUCAAGUAUUUAUCUAAUUCCCUUUUGAACAUUACUAUCGAAUCUGUGCGCAUCACCCUUUCAGGCAGGACAUCAUUCUACAUCACACCAACUCUGCAUUAAAAAAAAGUUCUCCAUAUCUCACCACUAGUUCUUUUGCCAAUUACUAAAAUGUUGUUGAAUAAAUGUAGCAUUUCUUCACUGCAGAGCAUUUUAUUUUUCAAGGGGUGCCAAUAGUCCUUAAAGAAGAAACUAUAGAUUUACUUUGCGCAGGUCAGAUUCUGCAUAUGCUUCUGAUAUCUUCAGUCAGAAGUGUCAAAUUAUCUAAUCCCAUAAUUAAAUAUUUUUAUGUUCUGAAUCCCUUUACUUCAGUUUUUUUAAAAAAAAGAUCCAGCUGCAUUUCUCCUCAAAAUCAUUAGCCAAAAUGUGUUUUUCUGGAUCAUGGAUUGCCUUCCAGAAUCUCUUUUCAGCCACAAAACUGCAUAUCUGCCAGGCUUUUGCAUUCUUGAGCUAGACGCGGUUGUUUGAAGAACUUGCUAUUGCCCGCUAAUUGAUGGCAUGGAACAACCAACAACUCUUGGUUGGCUUUAAACCAGAAUUGGCAAAAAAAAAUCUUUGUGCCCCUUUCACCAAGCCAUAAAUACAAGCGGGAUUUCUUUGUAGCCCAGGAACUUGUAAAUAAGCAGAAACACCAAAACAAAUGCCCCAGCCUUGCCUGGCUUGCAAUUCACUUUGGCUAAUAACUGAAAUAGAACUGCCCUUUAUAAAAUAGUCUUAACUCUCUCAAAGCCUAGCCAUAAAUGUGCUUUCUGAUUCAAUUGUUUUAAUUUUACUGUACUUGUAGGAAGAGUUACCUAUCAAGGCAUUUGAUUUGUAGAUUUAUUUUAAUAAGGAAUAUUAGUAGGAUGAGGUGAACAUACCUGGAAAUAGGCCAUAAAAUAAAAACCACAAGCUGGAAAUGCACAGCAACUCGGGACUGAAACAGAGAGGUUAAUAUUUAUCAGGAGAAAAUCUAAUUCACAGCAAAAAUUUUACCCUGUGUUUCCUCUCUGAUGCUGAACAGCCUGCUGUAUGUUUCCAGUAUUUUUUAUUUCUCUUCAGAUUUUCAACAUCUGCCUAUUUCCCAUGCCCCCCGACACCAUCUGAAAAUUAAACAUGCUGUCUAUACCAUUUUUGCGUAAACGCUUUUACAAUUCACUGGACCCCUGGACUAAACUCUAAAUUUGAAUUGCAUUCACCCUUGUAACUGGAAUAAAUUCGAGGACUUUUCAUCUUUGAAACUUUUUAAUUCACAUUUUUAAUAAAAGGAGGAGAAAACCAUUUUAAAGAAACUUUGCAGCAGAGAGACUUGGUAAAUUCAAUGGCUUAUAUUUUUGAACUUGGCAUAUGGGAUACAGCUUAGUAGUAGAAUUGGUUUUAAUUGUCCAUAGUUCACAGUGUUGGAAGCUGUAAAGUAAUGAUACAUGUUUAAAAAGUGACUUUGGGGCCAAAUUAUGGAGUUCAGAUUAGCUUUAGAGUUUAUUUUGCGGAGGAAUGGUGACAGCCUGGCCAUCAGAAACAGAGUGCAGCUUCAGUUUGGAGCUUGAUACAAAGCUGCUGGCAGUUCCCAAUUCUGCAUCAUUUUCUGAUCACGGUUUCAAUAUAUUAAUCAAAGUGUAAUUGUUUUACCUUUACUAAAGGAUGUGCAGAAAGGUCAACCAAAUCUUACACAAAUGCCCAACAAACUGCAAGUCGGUAUUUUUGCCCUUUGCUGGGCCAAAUAUGCAUCAGAGAAAAUGCCACACAAACAUUCAAAUGGCUAUAAUUUGGUAUUUCCCUGCUUAUCUUUCAACCCCUGCUGUAAAGGAUAAUGUAACAUAUUUGUAUUUUUACUAAAGGCCAAAUGCAAAAUUUGCAAAAUUAAGGUUGCAUGGAAGUUUCUCAAUUUACAGUGUACUAGACGACUGCAGUUCUUAAAGUUGGUUGGAUCUUCAAGCCUUACUUUUUGUAACUAAUUUGUAAUUUGGCUUUUUGUCAGACUGGAGCAAAAUAUCUGAUCAUAAACCAAACAGCAGGAUUUUCCAGUACAUUCCCUCAAUUGUACAUUGUUGAGGGAGGAUUUAGGACUCUUUUCCCCCAGGUUUUAAUAGUUCUUGGAUUGAUAGCUGUUCUGAAUCAUGUUUUUACAGGAAAACCCUGGACUUCUCGGAUUUCAUGUAGAUAACUUCACUCAAUCUCUUGCCUGUAAUUCCCCAUAUAGGUUUACAUAACUUGGGUUGUCAUUGAAAUGUGGAUCAACUGUAUUUAUUAUGCAAAGCAAAAACAUCUAGUGUUAAAAUUCUCUUCCGGAGAAGCAGUAAAAACAAAUGUUACAAGAAAAGUGGAGGACUAGCUUUAUUAAACUUUAAACUGACUUUAUUAAAAACAUUGGCAUGCAUUACAGAUAGAGAUGCUUUAUUAUUGCAGCUUAGUCUGGUUGGAGCUAUACCUUAAGAUUUCAUGCAUAAUGCUGAAGUGUAAAUGCAAGCUCCCCUAACUUGAUUGUCAAAAACCCUGCUUAAGUUUAUAGCUGAUCUUUUAUACACAGGGCUGUAUUACUACAUCAGAUCCUUUCCAUUUUAAGUGAGACAUUAAGGGCUCCUAGAAGUGUUAGAGAUGGAGCAUCUGCCUGCAUUGUAGUGUGGUGAGUGCUUCUGCUGCUACGUAUAAGAUGCCUGCUUCUAGCAAGGUUUCUAACUAUAAUUUUGCUGAAAUGAGAGGUAUUUGCCUGAACAAACAAGUAUCUGUGGGCAAAUUGCUCAAAAGGUCUUUUUUCAAAUCCAUCUCCCUUUUUAAAGAGAUUAAAAUGUUUCGUUUGGAUCGCACUAACACAGAACCUUGGUCACAUCCCUACUGUAUGAUUAUGUUGAACUUGAUCACAAGUUGUGUGGAAUUUUGUCAAAUGUGCAUAGUGUGAAGGAAAAAGAAAAAUGCUGUUUUGGUAAGUGUUUCCUCCCCACUUUAUCAUCUUGAGCUGGCAAGCCAUCACGUGAUUGUUGGCAACCUGCUGUCUUGCAUUAGUUUAGCUUUACUGUGUAGUAUUUAGUUCGGUGUUGUAGUUACUAUAUGAAAUGAAGCCAUUUUUAUUGAACUAUAAUUUUGCGUUUUAUUUAAGUCACAUGAAUGUACUAUUUUACUGCUGGGUGCAUAGGAGGGAAAAGUCCAGCAGAGCUGCUUGUUUUAACAUAUGGUACUACUUUUUAAAGUUCUUCUGUGUUUUCUUUUAAUUUCUUGCCUUAAAACUGGAGUUUUUUUUUUGAGAAUGCUUAAAAGCCUUUAAAUCAUUCUGCCAUAUCUGCCUUACUGAGUAAAACUUAAGUGUCUGUAUUUUUGUGCAUCAGCCUUCAAUGACUUCCCAACAUUUGAAUUGCACAUAUGGAUACACGUGCUCAGCUCUUCAUCAGCCAACCACUGGGAUUCGAGUGGUUUUGGUGUCUUCUUUUUGCUUCAUUUUUGUAAAAAAAAAAAUUGAUUGCUUCAACUUGUAGAGAAGGAAAAUGCAUAUCAAAUUCCAAAGUUGCAGAUUGUACAAUGUACAACAAAUGGGGUGUUUUGUAUAAAUGGAAAAUGUUUUUAAAAAUUGUAAAUUUUUGGGAAAUAUUGCUGUGGAUCUAUUUUUAUGUUUGGUAGUGUUUAAUGAAAGCACAGAAUAGACUGUUUGCAUGGGGAUGUGGAGGGUACCUCUGUACAUAAUGACCACAUGAGUCUUGUGUCUCGCAAUAUGUUCUAUGUAAAAAGAAAAAUUGCAACAAAACAAACCUUGAAUUAAGCAUAGCUCUGCCAGAAAUCAGCAAAAUUAAUGGUACUGAAGAUGUCAAGUUCCGAUUUUUUUAUUGUUUUUGAUUUUCAGGCUGUUGUGCUGUGAGACUUUUGCACUAAUAGAAUGUUGGACAAAUUGUAUAACAAACCUCUAAUUCUUUAAUCACCUAUUGCUGUACACUUUUGGAAGGGUGCCAUGUGCUUUAAAUGUGAAUUUUUUCACUUAAUAAAUCUCACUUGGGUCAAGAA